CUGUUCAUUGCCAAUUGUCCAGACUCCCUUUAAUCCUCAAGUCUCGUCUGUUUCACUCCAUCAUCUAUCAGAAUCUCAGCUGUUGGAACCGUACUAAUUUUUGUCCACAUUCUUAGUCCAGUUUUCCGAUCUCCAGUUUUCCACUUCCGUGUUUCCACAGUCGUUCUGAUUACUUUGAAAUAGUCGUGUUGUUCUACAACUGCAUCGCUAUACGUUUUCCUUACCCUACGUGAUUCUAUUCCCCAGAUCCUUACUAGGACUCUCUCGAAUCAGUAGUCGUCCUUUCAAUUUUGUACAUAAUCUCCCACCCUAUUAUACUUGUUCCCACCGUCCAUAUACAGUCAAUCAUAGACUCUCAUCUGUCUACCAUUCACACAUCAAGCCUUGGUUCAAGUUCAUCAUGUCAGACACAUCCAAAGAUUCCUCGCCUGACUACACGUCGUUGCACGAAGGUUUGCCCGAGCACUUUCGGGGUUUGAACUCGAUUCACAUCGCCGAACCCUCGAAAGUCGCUGACUUCGUCAAGUCUCACCAGGGACACACCGUUAUCACCAAAGUGUUGAUUGCCAACAACGGUAUUGCUGCCGUCAAGGAGAUCAGAUCGGUGAGAAAAUGGUCCUAUGAGACCUUUGGCGACGAAAAAGCCGUCCAGUUCACCGUGAUGGCCACUCCCGAAGAUUUGGAAGCCAAUGCUGAGUACAUUCGUAUGGCCGACCAGUUCAUUGAGGUUCCCGGUGGAACCAACAACAACAACUACGCCAAUGUCGACUUGAUUGUUGACAUUGCCGAAAGAACCAACGUCCACGCCGUUUGGGCUGGUUGGGGUCACGCAUCGGAAAACCCACUUUUGCCUGAGAAGUUGGCUGCUUCGGCUAAGAAGAUUGUCUUCAUUGGUCCUCCAGGUUCGGCCAUGAGAUCACUUGGUGAUAAGAUCUCCUCCACCAUCGUAGCUCAACACGCCGAAGUGCCAUGUAUUCCUUGGUCUGGUACCGGUGUUAAGGAGGUGAAUAUCGAUCCCGAAACCAACUUAGUCUCUGUCUCUGACGAAGUUUACCAGAAGGGUUUGUGUACUUCUCCUGAAGACGGUUUGAUAAAGGCUAGAGAAAUCGGCUUUCCGGUCAUGAUCAAGGCAUCUGAAGGUGGUGGAGGUAAGGGUAUUAGAAAGGUUGACAACGAAGACAACUUCCUUGCCCUCUACAGUCAAGCGGCUAACGAAAUACCUGGUUCUCCCAUCUUCAUCAUGAAGUUGGCUGGCGAUGCCAGACAUUUGGAAGUGCAGUUGUUGGCUGAUCAGUACGGUACAAACAUCUCCUUGUUCGGAAGAGACUGUUCGGUACAAAGAAGACAUCAAAAGAUCAUCGAAGAAGCUCCUGUAACCAUUGCUAACAAGGAUACUUUCCACCAAAUGGAAAAUGCUGCCGUUAGAUUGGGUAAGUUGGUCGGGUAUGUUUCCGCUGGUACAGUCGAAUAUCUUUACUCCCACGCUGAAGACAAGUUUUACUUCUUGGAACUUAACCCAAGAUUGCAAGUUGAACAUCCAACCACUGAAAUGGUCACUGGUGUCAACUUACCAGCUGCUCAAUUGCAAAUUGCUAUGGGUAUCCCUAUGCACAGAAUCAGAGAUAUCAGAACCUUCUACGGUGUGGACCCUCACACUGCCACUGACAUCGACUUUGAGUUCAGCACUGAAACCUCGUUGAUAACUCAAAGAAGGCCGGUUCCAAAAGGCCAUACUACUGCCUGUCGUAUCACCUCGGAGGAUCCAGGUGAAGGCUUUAAGCCAUCAGGCGGUACUUUGCACGAUUUGAAUUUCAGAUCCUCUUCCAAUGUUUGGGGUUACUUCUCGGUCAGUAACCAGUCUUCCAUCCACUCUUUCUCCGACUCCCAAUUCGGACACAUCUUCGCCUUUGGUGAGAACCGUCAAGCUUCCAGAAAGCACAUGGUAGUUGCUUUGAAGGAAUUAAGUAUUAGAGGUGAUUUUAGAACCACCGUUGAAUACUUGAUCAAGUUGUUGGAAACUCCAGAUUUCGAAGACAACACUAUUACUACUGGUUGGUUGGAUGAGUUGAUCAGCAAGAAAUUGACAGCUGAAAGACCUGAUCCGCUUAUCGCUGUUGUCUGUGGUGCUGCUACCAAAGCCUACAUUCAAUCUGAAGAUGAAAAGAGAGAAUACAUUCAAUCCUUGGAAAAGGGCCAAGUUCCAAACAAGAACUUAUUGAAGACCAUUUUCCCUGUUGAAUUCAUCUAUGAAGGUCAAAGAUACAAGUUCACUGCUACAAAGUCCUCUGCUGACAACUACACCUUGUUCUUGAACGGUACGAGAGGUAUUGUUGGAGUUCGUCAAUUAUCUGACGGUGGAUUGUUGGUUAAUAUUGGUGGUAAGUCUCAUUCCGUAUACUGGAAGGAAGAAGCCGCUGCCACAAGAUUGUCAGUUGACGGUAAGACAUGUUUGCUUGAGGUCGAGAAUGACCCAACUCAAUUGAGAACUCCUUCUCCAGGUAAGUUAGUCAAGUAUUUGGUUGAAAGCGGUGAAACGGUUGUUGCUGGUCAACCAUAUGCUGAGGUUGAAGUCAUGAAGAUGUGCAUGCCAUUGAUUACCCAAGAAAAUGGUGUUGUUCAAUUGAUCAAGCAACCAGGCUCUACUGUUAGUGCUGGUGACAUCUUGGCUAUCUUGGCCCUAGAAGAUCCAUCAAAGGUUAAGCAUGCUAAGCCUUUCGAAGGAACUUUACCUGAAAUGGGUGAACCAAACGUUCAAGGAACCAAGCCUGCCCACAAGUUCAGCCAAUACGCUUCUAUUUUGAGGAACAUUUUAGCCGGUUACGAUAACCAAGUUAUCUUAAACUCCACUUUGAAGAACUUGAUCGAAGUCUUGCAGGACAGAGAAUUACCUUACUCUGAAUGGGCUGUUCACAUUUCUGCCUUGCACUCCAGAUUACCUCCUAAGUUGAAUGAGUCCUUGACUGCCUUGAUUGACAGAACUUGUUCUAGACAAGCUGAUUUCCCAGCUCGUCAAAUUUUGAAGCAAAUUCAAAAGGUUGCCAAUGAACCAACUACCGAUUCCUUAUUUAAAGACGUGGUUGCUCCUUUGGUUGAAAUUGCAACCCGAUAUGAAGACGGCUUGGUCGAACACGAGUACAAUUUCUUUGCAGGCUUGAUAAAAGAGUACUUCGAAGUAGAAAGCUUGUUCUCUGGUAGAAAUGUCAGAGAAGAUGACGUUGUCUUGAAAUUAAGAGACGAAAAUAAGACAGACUUGAGCAAGGUCAUUGCUGUCUGCUUGUCGCACUCCAGGGUCAGCGCCAAGAACAACUUGGUUUUGGCAAUCUUGGAGGCUUAUCAACCAGUAUUGCAAUCAUCCUCCAGUGCUGCUGCAUCUAUUAAACAAUCUUUGAGACAGGUUGUUGAAUUGGAUACUAGAGGCACAGCUAAAGUUGCCUUGAAGGCCAGAGAAAUCUUGAUUCAGUGUUCUUUGCCUUCCAUUCAAGAAAGGUCUGACCAAUUGGAACACAUUUUGAGAUCUGCUGUCUUGGAAACCUCUUAUGGUGAGAUUUAUGCAAAGCACAGAGAACCUAAGUUGGAAAUCAUCCAGGAAGUUGUUGACUCUAAGCAUACUGUGUUCGAUGUGUUGUCUCAAUUCUUGGUCAACGCUGAUGAAUGGGUUUCCAUUGCCGCUGCUGAAGUCUACGUCAGACGUUCUUACAGGGCCUACUCUUUGGGGCCAAUUAAUUACCACUUCCACGAUAGAUUGCCAAUCAUUGAAUGGAAGUUCCAAUUGCCAAGCAUGGCUGCUUCUGAAUACAAUUCUGUUCAACCAACCAAGGGCGAUUCUUCUCAGCCACAAAUGAACAGAGCUGCCUCUGUUUCAGACUUAUCUUUCGUUAUCGAUUCCAAGUCUGACUUGAAGACUAGAACGGGUAUCUUGGUUCCAGCUAAGCAUUUGGAUGAUGUUGAUGAAAUGCUUGCUGCUGCUUUGGAAAAGGUCCAACCUUCUGAUGCUAUCAGCUUCCGUACCUCUGGUGCUAACCAGCCAGGUUUGAUGAACGUUGUCAACGUUGUUGUUACUGACAUUGAUGGUUACGACAAUGAAGAAGAAGUCUUAAACAGAGUUCAAGAAAUUCUUGAUGAAUUCAGAGAAGACCUAAAUGCUGCUGCAGUUCGUCGUAUCACAUUUGUCUUCGCUCACAAAGUCGGUACUUACCCAAAGUAUUACACUUUCAACGCCCCAGAAUACACCGAAAACAAGGUUAUUCGUCACAUCGAACCAGCCUUGGCUUUCCAAUUGGAAUUAGGAAGAUUAGUAAACUUUGACAUCAAGCCAAUUUUUACCGACAACAGAAACAUUCACGUUUACGAAGCCGUUGGUAAGAAUGCUCCAGCUGAUAAGAGAUUCUUUACUAGAGGCAUCAUCAGAACUGGUGUUAUUCGUGACGAAAUCAGCAUUAGUGAAUACUUAAUUGCCGAAUCAAAUCGUUUGAUGUCCGAUAUUUUGGACACUCUUGAAGUCAUUGACACCUCUAACUCUGAUUUGAACCACAUCUUCAUCAACUUUUCCAACGUAUUCAAUGUUCAACCUGAGGAUGUUGAAGCAGCCUUCGGGUCUUUCUUGGAAAGAUUUGGUAGAAGAUUGUGGAGAUUGCGUGUUACCAGUGCUGAAAUUCGUAUUGUUUGUUCUGAUAAGAGCGGUAUUUCAUUCCCAUUGCGUGCCAUAAUCAACAACGUUUCUGGUUAUGUUGUCAAGUCCGAAUUGUACAUGGAAGUCAAGAACACCAAGGGUGACUGGGUUUUCAAAUCCAUUGGUCAUCCCGGUUCCAUGCACUUGAGAUCAAUCUCUACUCCAUACCCAGCUAAGGAAUCCUUGCAACCAAAACGUUACAAGGCCCAUCUUAUGGGUACGACUUAUCUCUACGAUUUUCCAGAAUUGUUCCGUCAAGCAGUUCUUUCUCAAUGGAAGAAAUAUGCUAAAUCCAAGAUUCCUAAGGAUGUUUUCACAUCUUUAGAAUUGAUCAAUGACGAAAAUGGUAAGUUGACCGCUGUUGAAAGAGAACCAGGCUCGAACAAAAUCGGUAUGGUUGGUUUCCAGGUCACAGCUAAGACUCCAGAAUAUCCACGUGGUCGUCAAUUCAUUAUAAUUGCCAAUGAUAUCACCCACAAGAUUGGUUCAUUCGGUCCAGAAGAAGAUGGAUACUUCAACAAGUGUACUGAAUUGGCCAGAGAAUUGGGAAUCCCAAGAAUCUACCUUUCUGCUAACGCUGGAGCUAGACUUGGUAUUGCCGACGAAUUGGUUCCUUUAUUCAAGGUUGCUUGGAAUGUUGAGGGUCAACCAGAAAAGGGUUUCAAGUAUUUAUACUUGUCUCCCGAAGACAGAAAAUCAAUUGAUGAAGCUGGCAAAGCUGAUACUGUAGAAACUGAGAGAAUCGUUGAAGAAGGUCAAGAACGUCAUGUUAUCAAGGCUAUCAUUGGUGCUGAAAAUGGUUUGGGUGUCGAAUGUCUUAGAGGUUCCGGUUUAAUUGCCGGUGCUACCUCGAGAGCAUACAAGGAUAUCUUCACUAUUACUUUGGUCACCUGUAGAUCCGUUGGUAUUGGUGCUUACUUAGUGAGAUUGGGCCAAAGAGCUAUUCAAAUCGAGGGCCAACCAAUCAUCUUGACUGGUGCUCCAGCUAUCAACAAGUUGUUGGGUAGAGAAGUUUACUCCUCUAACUUGCAAUUGGGUGGUACCCAAAUUAUGUACCAAAACGGUGUCUCUCACUUGACUGCUACAGAUGACUUGGCUGGUGUGGAAAAGAUAAUUGAGUGGUUGUCUUAUAUUCCAGCCAAGCGCGGUAUGCCUGUUCCAAUCUUGGAAUCUGAAGACCCAUGGAACAGAGACAUUGAAUACUAUCCACCAAGGAGUGAGCCAUACGACGUUCGUUGGAUGAUCCAAGGUCGUACCUUGGACAACGGCGAAUUUGAAUCUGGUUUGUUUGAUAAGGAUUCCUUCCAGGAAACCUUAUCUGGUUGGGCUAAGGGUGUUGUUGUUGGUCGUGGUCGUUUGGGUGGUAUUCCAAUUGGUAUCAUUGGUGUUGAAACUAGAACUGUUGACAACUUGUUCCCUGCUGAUCCAGCUAACGCUGACUCUGCUGAAAUGUUGAUUCAAGAAGCUGGUCAAGUUUGGUACCCUAACUCUGCUUUUAAAACUGCUCAAGCAAUCAACGACUUCAACAACGGUGAACAAUUGCCAUUGAUGAUCUUGGCAAACUGGAGAGGUUUCUCCGGUGGUCAAAGAGAUAUGUAUAAUGAAGUUCUUAAGUACGGUUCUUUCAUUGUUGAUGCCUUGGUUGAUUUCAAGCAACCAAUCUUCACUUACAUUCCACCAACUGGUGAAUUGAGAGGCGGUUCUUGGGUCGUUGUUGACCCAACCAUCAACGAAGAAAUGAUGGAAAUGUAUGCCGACGUUGACUCUAGAGCAGGUGUCUUGGAACCAGAAGGUAUGGUCAGUAUCAAGUACAGACGUGAUAAGUUGUUGAGUACGAUGCAGAGAUUGGAUCCAACUUAUGCUGAAUUGAAGAAGAAGUUGAAUGAUACCAGUUUGUCUGCUGAAGAACACUCUCAAAUCUCUGCUAAGGUUGUUGCUAGAGAAAAGGCAUUAUUGCCAAUUUACCAACAAGUUUCUGUUCAAUUUGCUGACUUACAUGAUAGGUCUGGUCGUAUGUUAGCCAAGGGAGUCAUUAAGAAGGAAAUCAAGUGGGUUGAUGCUAGAAGAUUCUUCUUUUGGCGUUUGCGUCGUCGUUUGAACGAAGAAUAUGUCUUGAGGCUUAUUGGUGAACAAGUUAAGAACGCCAGCAAGUUGGAAAAGGUUGCCAGAUUGAAGAGCUGGAUGCCAACUGUUGACUAUGAUGACGACGAAGCUGUCAGCACCUGGAUUGAAGAUCAUCAUACCAAGUUGCAAAAGAGAAUUGAAGAGUUGAAGCAGGAAUCUACUCGUCAAAAUAUCAACAAGUUGGUGCAUGACGAUCCUGAAAACGGUAUCGCUGCUUUGAAGGACUUAAUCAGUUCUUUGCCUGAUGAUGAAAAGGCUGAAUUCUUGAAAUCGCUUAAAUGA